CCCGUGUACUGUCUGCGAGUGAGUAAUCCUGCGACAUUGAAGACUCAUUUCCCCCUUCAGACCUGUGUCGGCUUCCAGUUUCAUUUCAAAUCAGCUCAUUUCCAGUAAAAAAAGGGCUGCAACGGAGCCGGCGAGAUACCAGGGCUUUGGGAAGCUGAACUUAACGGAAUCUGUUUGAUACCGGCUAAUCUGCCAACGGGACAUUUCACUUUUAAUUUGUUUCCAGGAAAACAGACUACGAAAGAAAGAGCCGACGUGACAGUAAGGCUUUGGGGCACAGAACCUCACAGUGUCUCCCUCUAAUUUGCGCAUCUGCUGGUUCAAUGGCGUCUAAAUGCAACCGACUCAGCGGCCCCUUGCUACAGCAGCUCCUGGUCUCGGUGGAUAACGUCCUGUUCGACUGCGACGGGGUGAUCUGGCGAGGGGACCAGGCCAUCGCCGGCGCCCCGGCCGUCGUCAAUUCGCUGAAGAAGAACGGGAAGCGGGUGUUUUUUGUGACCAACAACAGCACCAAAACCAGGGCCAUGUACGCGGAGAAGCUGAGCCGGCUGGGCUUCGACGCGCGGCAGGAGGACGUGUUCGGCACGGCGUACUGCUCGGCGGUGUACCUGAAGCACAUCUCGAAGCUGGCCGGCAAAGUCUACCUCAUUGGCAGCAAGGCCAUGGCGCAGGAGCUGGAAAACGUAGGGAUCCAGAAUGUGGGGGUUGGCCCCGACCCCAUUUCGGGUGGGCAGAGCGACUGGGCGAGUGUGCCCUUGGAUCCCGAAGUCAAAGCCGUGCUCGUCGGCUUCGAUGAGCAUUUCAGCUACAUGAAGCUCAACAGAGCGCUUCACUACCUCAGCAACUCGGACUGCCUAUUCGUAGGCACCAACACUGAUACCAGGCUACCGCUGGAAGGUGGCAAGGCUGUGCCAGGGACGGGCUGUCUCCUGCGGGCGGUGGAGACGGCGGCGCACCGCCAGGCCCAGGUGGUGGGGAAGCCCAGCCCCUUCAUGUUCGAGUGCGUGGCCAGCGAGUACGGCCUGGACCCUGCCCGGACCCUCAUGGUGGGCGACCGCCUGGACACGGACAUCCUGCUGGGCACCAGGUGCGGCCUGAAGACCCUGCUGACCCUCACGGGGGUGUCCAGGCUGGAAGAGGCCCAGGCUCACCAGGAGAGUGGCUGCCCCACGCGCUCAGAGUUGGUGCCCGACUUCUAUGUAGAGAGCGUCUCCGAGCUCCUGCCAGCGCUGCAGGGAUAGACCACAAGCCCUUGCCCCACUGGAGAGGAGGGCGAGACAGAGAGGCAGAGUGCCAUGUGUCGGAUCACACACCUUUCCGGAGCAGCAGAGUUAUUUAAUUUGAACUGUUUGGUGAUGUGACUGAUCUGCUGAGGUACGUUCUCUUUUAGCAGUUCCUUUAAAUUGGCCCCUAGAUGAAGAGAAGAGCGAAUGUCUUCAAUAAAGAGUCAGUAUUUGAUCAGCUCUUUAUCUUCUGCACCAAGACACAGUGGGGCUCUGUUUCCAUGACAUAUUAACCCCUUAGUUUCCUAAAAUCUAAAAUUUUAACCCCCAUCUUUGGCCAUAGGCUAUCAAAACAGUACUUCGUGUUUCAGCAUCUGACUUUAUUUAACAUAAAUAUAUGUUGUUGAAGUAUGUAAUACAGUACACUAUAGUAAUGUUCAGUAAGCCAAAUUUGCGGCUUUGAUAAUUCAAAGGAACAGAGACAGGAUAGCUAGUACAAUGCCCUGCGUUCCUUCCUAAAGGUGUGAAAAUAGUUCAAAACAUAGAUGCUAGAACUGGCAAAUCGGCCUCAGGUGCAUGCAGAAAGUUUUUGUUUCUUUUGAAGUGAUAUUUGGAUUUUAACUUGCACUCCUAACAGUCCUAAGACUGAGGCUUAGAGCUUAAUUACGUCAGGCUGUAUAAACGCUAACAACAGAUGUAGCUCCAGCAUGUAAUGUGUUCAAGAGAAUGCACCGUAUUUCUGAGUUUUUGUCACUACCAAGGCAACUGUGUAACAACACAGAUGAGUAAUAAAAGAGCUUCCUCCCAGAAUUUGAAGGGUUGGUCAGAUUUUGCUGUUAUGCAUGGAUUUCUACCAGAGCACAGAGAUGCUCUGACUUCAUCAGUGUUACUGAGAUGUGAGGGAGAACAGACCAGGCAGGCACUGAGGCGAGUUGGGCUUCGUGGUCCUGUUUUUUGUAAUAGUAUUAUUUCAUGGUUAAAUUGAAGUGGUUUUUUGGGCUGGCACAAAAGCUGUAUGUUUGGCAGCUAAGUUAAAUAAGUAAUCUACAUUAAUAUAAUACAUUUCCAUUACAUAUUAAAAUAUUGAAUUAUAGCACUGGCAGUGAUCCCCUCUCAAAAAAUCUUUAUCCCAAAUUCCAUAAACUGUGUUGGAAUGGAAAUUUUAGCCAGUUGCUUGUCGGCAUGUGCUAUUGUAAUUGCAAAUGACCAUGACAUUUACUCACACAAUCAAACU